CAUUCUUGGCCUUGCUAAAUACUCUACGUCGUCCGCAUCAGGAUAUUUAAAAAUGAUUUUUGGUAAAGCUAUUAUCGCUUCCUUAACGGUUGCCGGAGUCACUUUGGCCACGCCCACACCAAGGGGAGUUCUUGACUGGUUGUGUCUAAGCCAACACGUGGUAGAUCCUUUCGACCUUGAAGCGUACCAAGGCCGCUGGUACGAAAUAGCUGUGACAGAUAUUCCCCGUCAAUCGUUUCAACGAGGGUGCGAAUGCACUUUCGCUGAGUACUUUAUCAAAGAGGAUGGUAAUGUGCAGGUGAACAACACAUGUCUUAAAGACGGAGAACCUUAUUCAAUUAUUGGAGAGGCAACAGCGGAGGACCCAACUGUAGGCGCAUUAUCCGUAUCAUUUGGCGAGAAUGAUAUUUCUAAAUUCAUAGGUGAUGCACCAAAUUAUCUUAUCUUAGAUCAAGCAGUCGAUGCUAUGACUGGCGCGCAGUACACUGUUGUAGGAUCUACCUGCAAUGCAAUUGCGUGGAUUCUUAGUCGGUCGCCGAGCAUGUCUCAAGUAGCGUACAAUCGAGCUAGAUCAACUUUGCAACACCGAGGCUAUCCUCUUAAACUACUAAACUUGAAGCCCUCUCAACAAAAUGAUGCUAUAUGCGCACCUGUCCGUACGGACGAGAUGAUUGAUAAAACCUCCGAGGGGGAAUCUGACGAAUGCAAGACAAUUGCGCAACUGGCAAUAGAUACUCCAUCAUUGUCAACACUCUUGGCUGCUGUCAAUGCCGCCAAGCUUGUUGAGACACUAAAUAGUACAGAUGUAUACACAGUUUUCGCACCCACAAAUGAAGCUUUCAACAAUUUACCAGCUGGUACCAUCAAUUCAUUACUUCUAGCUGAUAACCGUGAGGCGCUUAUGAACGUUCUGCUUUAUCACGUCACAUCCGGAACUGUCAAGUUAGGUGAUCUCAGUGAUAAACAAGUUAUUGAAAUGGCGAAUGGCGACACCACUAAGGUCACUAUAAAUGCCGAUGGUACUAUGAUCAAUGAUGCAAUGGUCGUAGUUACAGAUAUUGAGGCGUGUAAUGGAGUCGUUCAUGUUAUCUCGACAGUACUGAUUCCACCUGUUAUUGAGGAUGAAGCUUCUGGUAUGCCCGAAUAUUCGACUACUAUCCCUGAGGAAUCAUCGGAUACGCCUGAGGAACCAUCAGCAAUGCCCGAGGAACCAUCGGAAAUGCCUGAGGAACCAUCGGAAAUGCCUGAGGUACCAUCGGAAAUGCCUGAGCAACCAUCGGAAAUGCCUGAGCAACCAUCGGAAAUGCCCGAGGCAUCAUCGGAUACGCCCGAAGGAUUGUCAAGUGUGGUGGAGGAAACAUCGACUAUGGACAAAGCCUCGUCAGGUAUGGCUGAGGAAACAUCGGAUAUGCUAGAAGCUUCUGCGGGAGCCGGAGAGGAGUGCAAAACAAUUGCUGAGCUGGUGGACGACACACCUGAAUUGUCAGUGCUGUCGACAGCUUUAAAUGCCGCCAACUUGACCGAAACUUUGGCGGGCAAUAAAACUUUUACUUUGUUCGCACCCACUGACGAUGCAUUCGACAAGCUGCCCGCAGGAACGGUGGAGAGUCUACUGGAACCCGAAAAUGUGGAGAGUUUGACUAACAUCCUACUUUAUCACGUAGUGGAGGGUAAGGUCACAUCUGGUCAGUUAGUGGAUGGUCAAGCCAUGACUACGCUGAGUGGAGAUAUUGUCACCGUCUCAGUAGACAAUGAUGGUGUCGGCAUUAACGACGCCCAAGUACUGUCUGCAGAUAUUGAGGCUUGCAAUGGAGUUGUGCACCUAGUGUCCUUGGUUCUAUUACCAUCCUCCGCUUAGUGUGUCCCUAGAGUCAUCUCCAUAUCUAAAUAUAUGUAUAUACAACUGGUAUAGUAUGCCAAUUGACAAGUGAAAACGAAAUAUCGAUGGUAAGCUGAUCAAUGGCCGUGAUAGGCUGUGCUACAUGACAUCGAUAUUAUCUUAU